AAAUAAGUAUGGCGAAUGACGCUACAUCUCGGAUCAAGCGAAACACUGAAAAUUAAACAGUUGAUAUUUUUGAAAUGAAUUAAAUAUAUCAAUUGGAUAAUUCUUGUAUCAACUAUUCUAGUAUCUAUGUUUGCAUAUUUGUAAAUGAUAAAAUUGAUUAUGGUCAAUAGUUGUACAAAUGACUCCCUGUGUUAGUUCAAAAUUGUAGUACAGUUAAAUGUACCGCAUGUAACAGUAAGUUUCUUUAAUAUUUUUUAUUUUUUUUAAAAUAAUAAGUUGUUAUUUUAUUAAGAUUCACUAGAAAAAAAUCAUUUAAAUGCUGUAUUACUUUUUAUACUAAAGUUCAUUACAUAUAAAAAAUAAAGUUAACAACUAAAGAAAUUAUCCUUAAAUAACUUGGUAUCUUUCGUAAGUCUUUUAGCAUUUUCUUUAUUACCGUAUUAAUGUUAUAGUAUCAUUUCAGGGUUAUAAAGUUGACAUAUUCUACUGAUGACUUCUUUAAUAACAAGUAUUCUAUGUGACUUUCAGAUUGAUCUAAUUACAAAGGUUAAGUUAUUUAAGUUAUAGACAAUGUCAGGAAUCUAUACAGUGUACUAUUUCAGGAAAAUCGACAAUACAAAUCCACGAUGUCGCAUGCGAAUACAUAUUCAUCACCCUUGUUGGUAUUUCAAGUUCGUGAAAGAAUCACUGGACAAUAUACGGACAUGAUACGUAACACAUGUUGUGCACGGUUGGUAACCAUAGCGAUUCGAAAACCUUAUUGUCUCGUUGUGUUCGUCGAUCACAAACCUACACAAGGGUUAAAAUCCUUGAUAUCCUUUCGCAUGUGUGAGGCAUCCACACCAAUAUCCGUAUUACAUAUAGAUGCUGUACGGUGUCAACAAGUAUAAUAUGUUUAUAAAUAUAAGCACGUGUAUAAACGAAAAAAUAGUACACGAAAAUGGCAUUCGAUGCAAAAAGAAAGAGGAAGGAAUGUUGUUGGUUAGAUUUUAUUAUACGUAAGUUUGUUGUAGAGCAAAGACGAGCUGGUACGAGCAUAUGUAGAAGAAACAUCGAAACACGUUCGCAAUUACACGUGUGUCUAUUCGUGCAAAGGCAUGUGUAUAGUUACUAUUCGUAAAUAACACACGCAUAGCCAUGUGUGCAACAUAUAAGUAUCAUCCUGCCACGAGGAGGUUGAAGAAAUUGUACGAGCAAUCAGGAAGAAGUGAUAGAUGUUUCGAGUGAUCCUUAAUUAAUUACCAGUUGGGAGGAAAUUCAUAUUUUCUGUACAAGAAUAUGUCUUCAAGAGGAAACGAUGACUUUUCAGAAUGUCAGAAAAAUCAAAGAAUCGAAAAGACGUAUCUUGUCUUCCGAGGGAUAUUGAAAUGUGAUUUAUGUCUUGUCAAUUUGUACACCAAUUGGUCAGAUUUAUAAAUAUAUUUUCCCAAAGUGUAUUUACAGCUGAUAAUCGCGACGGAAUACUUGAUCUUCGGCUGCAACGUGACAUUAUAGAAUUUUCAAAUUCAUGGAACGUUGCCGAUUGGGACCGUAGAAGAUAAGCGAAUAACUCGAAGAGAAAGAUAUAGAAUUAUUGAGAAGAAUGAAAAGAAACAGCAAUGGAUUGGAAGCUACGUGUAUUUGUUGAAUCAGCAAAAUGCUGAGGUCGUACAUAACUGUCCAGGAGUUUCCGUUUCGUGCAACGGACCAGUAGAUUCAUUUUAAAUCCGAGAAAAAGGACCUAACCAGAAUGUCAGCGGAUUUUCUCGUCGGCCAAGGGCACGCGAACCUGCUUAGGUCGAGAAAGAAUGGCAAUAUCGAUCCGGAUCAUUAUCGUGGAAAUUUCGUUUCUUCUAACAGUCACUGGUGAUUGUUCCCGAUAUUGUUUAUCAAGUUUCAUCAAGCACAAUGGACAACAACGAACUUCGAGUGGAAGAUGAAACACAGAACAAUCACAGCAGACGACCGAGUGCAUCUACUAACAAUACGACUAGUUUUACUGACCUCAGCCCGAAUGAUUCCGAGGCGAACGCGAAAACAGAAAAUGUAUCCUCCAGAGUGGCAUCAGCGUGUUCGACGCCUCAAAAAAGGAGAUCCUCGAUGGAAUCGAAUUCACCGCGCGUGAACAAAAGCACGCAGGCUAUGGAGAACAGAGAAAUGAUAUACGAGACGGACAAAAACGGCAUCCAAACGCCGAAAGCUAAUCGAAAAUUGUCUAGAGCCAGCGUUUAUCCUUCGGGAACAAACCUGACCGCUCGAGACGCUUUUGGACCCAAGCUGACGGCACCGGCAACGCCUGAAAAUUCUCCACCACUAUUAGACCCUCCAAUAUUUCCUGACGAUAUACCGAGAGAUUCUUUGUUACAAAAGGACUCGUCUUCGGAGGCGGAAAUAGAUCCUGAAACCCUCUAUUUUCGGGAUGGCCGUAGACGAAUCGAUAUGGUACUGGUGUAUCAAGAAGAUAAUAACGGCGUGAUGACUGAAAUAGAAGCGCGUCGAAAAGAACAGAGACGGGUGUUCCAGCAGAAUUUAUUGAAAGAGGGGUUGCAGCUUGAACUGGAACCAAAGGAGAACUCGUUCGAUGGGAAAACUUUUUUUCUCAAGUUGCACAUACCAUGGAAGAUCAAAGUUCAAUACGCUGAAGUGAUGAACCUGAAGCUACCUACCAAAAGGUUCAUCACGAUAUCUGUUAAAGCUUGGGAUAAUGAGAAUACGAAGAAAAGACCGAAGCUAUGGGACAAGUGGACGCGAUGUAUAAGGUGGAUAAAAACGUUGCAUACUUGGGACACUAAAAAAUAUGCUACCGAACCUAGUUUUUAUAAUAGUAUUGAUUCCGGUGAUCGGGAGGAGAGAUUCGUUAUAAAAGACAGGGAUACAGCUUAUACGCCUGCUCAAAGAUCACUGAUAGUUAUGCAAAUACUGUUGAGGGCGAGGUACGACGAGACACACGAGAAGGUUGGCAUUCGUAGACUUUUAGCCGAUGGUAGUUACCUUGAUUGUUAUUCUCUUCACGAGGGUCCUUAUAAUAAACCGGGGCUCAAUGGAGAAAUUCUUGACAGACAUUUAUUGUACUUAAUAUGGGCUAGACCAUCUCAAUGGUAUAAAAAACAACCACUUUGGUUGAUCAGACGAUAUUUCGGCGAAAAGGUAGGACUUUAUUUUGCCUGGUUAGGAUUUUACACGAAAUGUUUGUACCCACCAGCGAUCGUUGGACUGUUGUGCUUCAUGUAUGGGGUGGGAAGCAUGGAGGGUGCUGAUAACAUACCUAGCAAAGAGAUAUGUGAUUCUAAUGUAGCAGGAAAUAUCACGUUAUGCCCUCUUUGCGACAAAGCAUGCGACUACCAGAUACUUGGUGAAUCUUCUACAACCUUUCUCGAACUAUGGAAACGAAGGCAGGCUGUUAUAAUGUGGGAAUGGGAUCUUCAAAACGUCGAAAGCGACGAGGAACCCAGACCUGAAUUCGAAACCACCGUGAAAACGUUUCGAAUAAAUCCUGUGACCAGAGAAAGGGAACCUUAUUUGCCAACCUGGUCUAAAGCCGUACGUUUCUGUGCCACGGGUUCCAUGGUAUUUUUCAUGAUAUGCGUGGUUCUGGGCGCAGUACUGGGAACCAUUAUUUAUCGCAUAUCACUGGUGUCAGUGUUUUACAGCGGCGGUGGUACAUUCUUGAAAAAGCACGCAAAAAUCUUCACCUCGAUGACAGCCGCUCUCGUGAACUUGAUAAUCAUCAUGAUACUCACACGAGUGUAUCACCGUUUAGCACGAUGGAUGGUUAAUAUGGAGAAUCCUAGAACUCAGACCGAAUACGAAUCCAGUUUCACUUUCAAAAUAUUUCUGUUCGAAUUCGUCAAUUUUUACUCGUCUCUCAUUUACAUCGCCUUCUUCAAGGGGAGGUUUUUCGUUCAUCCGGGCGAUGCAGAUGCAAGAACCUCCGCGUUCUUUCGGAUCAAAACAGACGUCUGCGAUCCAGCAGGUUGUCUAUCAGAAGUCUGUAUACAACUCGCCAUCAUAAUGGUGGGUAAACAGUGUUUCAACAAUUUUGUGGAGAUAUUAUCCCCGAAAUUGUGGAAUUGGUGGCGUAAAAGGAAUCACAUAGCCGCUACGAAAGACCAUGCUCGUCCGUACACUUGUUGGGAGAGAGAUUAUCAACUACAAGAUCCUGGAAGACUUGCUUUAUUCGACGAGUACCUAGAAAUGAUUCUACAAUACGGAUUCGUCACCCUGUUCGUCGCCGCAUUUCCAUUAGCGCCGUUGUUCGCGUUAUUGAACAACAUAGCAGAGAUACGCUUGGACGCUUAUAAAAUGGUGAAAGAAUCGAGGAGGCCGUUGGCUGAGAGGGUUGAGGACAUAGGAGCUUGGUACGGGAUUCUACGUGGAGUAACUUACGUCGCUGUGGUGUCGAAUGCAUUCGUUAUCGCUUACACGUCGGACUUCAUUCCGCGUAGCGUGUACGCGAUCGUUUACUCGCCGACGAACGAUUUGGUCGGUUACAUCGACAGUUCUCUGUCGGAAUUCAACACGUCCGAUUAUCGGGAUGACAUGAAGAGCGACAUGAAGGAGAAGCAUCCGGAAACUUGUCAAUACAGAGGCUAUAGAAACGGUCCGGAUCAUAAAACUGAUCCGUACGGACUUAGUCCGCAGUAUUGGCAUGUUUUCGCAGCUCGUUUAGCCUUCGUUGUUGUUUUCGAGCAUGUCGUCUUUGCUUUGACUGGUAUAAUGAGCUACGUGAUACCAGCCUUGCCUCAAGCUUUGGCGACACAAUUGGCACGCGAACGUCUGCUCGCACAAGAAGCGAAAUACGAGAAAGGUUUGAAGAGCAGGGAAGACGAGGAUGAUAUCCUCUCGAUGCUCAGAGAAGCAGGAAGCAUCGGAAGGGCUGCAGCCGGUGGUAGAGGUAGCUGGGCCAGACGAUUCAGCAAACUUAGCGAUGGCCUCGACGCUCACGUUGAUGUAACUUCCAGGCAGAACAGGAACAGCGAUGGUUCUACUGUGUGGGAGAAUAUUUUAUCUAUCCGUUCGAAAGCGUGUUAAUUAUGUAUGUUCUACUUUAUGUACAUACAGUUAGGUAAGUACUGUUUAUACGAAGUAAGUACAAAUGUCUGAAACAAUAAUUGUGAUAUUUUAGUAAUGAGUUAAAAACAAUGAACACAACGAGGUGAUAAAGGCCAAAAAGUAUUUUGAAGCUUCUCGAGAAUACACUGUUACUUAUUUAGAAAGACUUGAACACUUAAAAAAUGAUAUACGUGUAUGUGUGAUUUACGACACCAACUUUAUCAGUAUUAACUUAUUGUACCUCUUUUAUAAACGCAAUUCUCUAUUUUCGAAAAUGAAUAUUUUAUUCAUAGAAUUUUACAUAGAAGUGUUAAUGGUGCAAGUAUGAAUAGAGUGUCCCUUGAUAAAAGUAGCAAGUCUUGUUGUUUCUAAUUUUUGAUCUCGUAACUUUUCAACGAGGAGCUGGAGGUUUGAACGCGUUGCAUUUUUAACGAAACAAAAUCGUGUAUAUAAUGUAUGUUUGUAGUCUUUUACAACGGUGUGUAUCAUUUUCAACGUGACUGUCAAUAAAUCAUUCCAGCGGUGUUGCACAGAAAUUCUUAGGUGUUAUAGAAGGGAUGGAAAGAUUCUCUAAAAAUCUACACAAUAUACUCUUUAUUGUACAUAAUUUCAAUAUUUCAUUCUCUGUCUUACGCUUGACAUUAUUACAAUAAUUACUAUAGAAUAUAUUUAUAAUAAUAUACAUGUACAUAUUUACUUCUUUUUUUUUUUUUCUUUCUAUUGAUUCGAUUUAUAUGCAUAUUGGCCUAUGAAUCAUUCCAUACUGCACUUUCUUGCGUCUUCUGUUUCCUUUUUAAAAUCUAAAAGUGUAUCACAGUUGUGUUGAGGGAUAGAUUAGGGAUUCUUUUUUAAAAGAAAAGGAGACCGUUCAGACCGAAAUCGAUAGAUAGUCCAUUCAGUUGGAUCUCUUUCAUAUCUGAUGGACAUCAAAGAAAUUCAAUAACCAUGAUUAUUUUCCUGUAAACGGCUGCGAUGAAAUGUAUCCUACAUUCCAAAUAGUCUGCGAAAGCGGUUACUAUAUACAUAUAAAACAUUUAAUUGUCAUUUAAUUAAAAAUAUGUCCCGUUAAAAGAUUAAAUUAUUAAGAACAUUCGUCGUUUUAUGUGAAAUUUUCAAACGCGGAACAAUUUCUCGUUUUUCUCUUAACUUGCCUACAAAUAUAAUAAUUUGUAACAAUCUGUGUUAAUCUCUAUUGUAACGCAGAUUCUUGCAAUUGAUAUUAUUACUUUUGUGCUAAAGUUACGUCGAUUGAUUUUAUUUUUAAGGAAUCUCAGCGAAAGGUAUCGUUACAUUGCCACUAAUUCUAUAGUAUGUACGGUUUGCAAGAUUUAUCGUUAGAAAAAUCAUUUUCUCUGUUUUUACUUUACAAUAUACUUUACGGCACAAGUUUCAAACAUGUAAAAUUAUCAGAUAAACUUCGUUGAUAUCGUUCAAUUUAUAAAAAUAUUCCAUAGAUCUGAACCAUUAGAUAUUAAUACAUUCGUCGUUCAAGCGAUUUGUACAAGUCCUUUCGUUUUAGAUGUCUUUCAAAAUAAAUAGCAACCGAGUUGAUUAAAUAAUAAAAAACUUUCCAUUUAGUGAUUAUAUGUAUAUUUGCUUAUUAAAAAAAUCUCUAAAAAUAUACUAUAUACGAUAAAAUGUUCUAUAUCUUUUCGAAAAAUAAACUUUCAAUAAAAAUAGCGUCACACGUGUUAAAAGAGAAAUGAUCAAAAAAAAGGAAUGUAACGGCAUCUCAUCACGUAUGUGCCGUAUUCAGAUAUGAUCUUUCACCUUGAUUGAUCUGUAUUAAUAUAUUUACUGGUUUCAAGUGGUAAUUAGUCACAGUAAAUAUAUUAAUAAGCCUUGAAUUAAAAUUUGUGCUCGUUUAAAACCCUCUUUGAGAAAGUUACACGGUUCUAUCAAUUUACAGUAACAAUCACACCGUACAAUUAAUUCGACUCGGUUAAUCCUCCUGACUGGACUAAAUCUCGAUUUCCAAAAGAUGUGGUUUAAUUUAGGUUAGAGGUAGGAAAAUGUAACACUUAACUAGAUCCAGGAGGAGCAUUGAAAUUAAACAUGGUGGUCGGUGGACGUCCUGGCAACGGUUUUGGUGGUAAUCUAGGCGUUACCGAUCCUGAAACACGAUAUACAAUGUAGAUGUAAAAUAAUAAUGUGUCAAAAGAUUUAUGUGUACAUAGUUCUUCAACUGCAAUCGUUUACCAUUAGGUUGCGUAGGUGGAAGUUUAGUAGGACUUGGCCCGUUGAAAGACAUGUGUCUUCGCGUGUGAACGGCACUCGAACACGUGUUUUCCAACGUGGAAUUCCGCCUGGCGAGUAGCGCCGAGCAAUUUGGAUUCAAGGUAGCAGGAAGGCGAGGCGGUAACGUAACCGGAGGCAAGUCUCUUCGUGGUGGUAAUGGCGGUGGAAACGUGUUAUCCCGUGGAGGAAGUAUCGGUGCGUUUGGUGCUUGUCUCGCCUGGUGCAUCCAAUGAUAAAUAAUACAAAUGAAUAACGUUACAACAAUAUUUCCUCUUAUUAUGAAGAGUAAAUAGAAUUUACCUGUUGCGGUGACUCGCUUAUAGAACUUUCUCGUUUCCUAUGAGAUCUGGGUGGCAAAGGGGGUGGAGGUUGAUUAGAAGGUACGUGGCUAGGAGACGGCGGGGGUGGCAUCGAAGCACCAGGACUUCCACUCGAAGACGAUAUACCGGUCAAAGCUCCCAUCACACCGAUCGUACCGGAAUUAAAACCAAAAUGACUACUCUGCGGUUGAUGAUGAGGGACAGGCAAGUGACCAGGGGACACCAGUUGCGGACUACUACCCGGCGAACUGAUUGAAAAUCCUGACAUGCUUAGAGGACCUGGUGAACCUGGAGGUUGAACUGGACCUGUAUUAACAGUAAAGUACAUCCUACUACCUAUCCAAGCACACUGUACAACGAAAAAUAAAAUCUCUCGUCUUUUGUUUAUAAACGUAAGAGAAUUUAUAAGCAUCCAGCUAUUAGACUUGAAGUUGGUUCACGAACCUCCUAGUAAAACAGGUGCAAAUACACUGUGGUCCCCCCCUACGUGAGAAACUGUGAUGUGAGAAGUAUGCGGUGGAGUUUCUGGCAGCUCUUGAGGCGGCACUUCCGGUGGAGGAUCGUGUAAUCUUACGCUGGAUGCUACCGCUUGUAACGGAGCUGGUAAUUUACCGCUUAAACUCCUAGCUUUAAUGCCCGGUGACUUUAAGUUUAAGUCUGGCCAUUUACGAGGCUGUCGGAAUAAAAGAGAACGAUUAGGUAAUUCUAUGUGGGAUUUAGAGCUGUUAUUGUAAUUAAAACUUACGACUCUAGGCGGUUGCCUACAUCCUCUUGGUUCUACUUCUAAGCUUUUAUUGUACAAAUAAUUGCUUAUAUCAGCUUCUUUCAUGUUAGGAUCGAAAGGUGACAAGUUCUCGAUAAAAUGCCUUAUUCUAGGCUCAACUGAAAGACAGUAAGGUUGAUUUUGGUACUGUUGAAUCUCUCCGGUUAUCUCGGCCACUUUCCGUCGCUUGCUAAAAUUUAUAAGCUCGGGACUUCCGGGCAGAUAAUCCGAAUUUCCCUCUUCAAUAUGUAGAAUGUUGGUCAGGUACAUGCC